AUUGUUUUUUGAUUUUGGCUGUGAAUUUCCAUACAGCUACAGUUAGUUUUGGAGGAUCUGGUUUUUGUACUGAGGCUGUAAAACAAAACAAAUACUGAUAAGUAGUCCUGCUUGCUACUACAACAGUUAAAAUGAAUUUGUCUGAUGCAUCUGGUGAUGACGACUCCAGUAGCGACGAGUCUGCGGUGCCAGCCAAGCGUAUUCGAGCAGAUACAUAUGGAGCUUCUUCUACUACAUCUCAAGGGUCAGCUGCUCAAGAAUCCGGAGAUGAAUCUCCAGUACGCAAUGCGGGAGGAAGUAAUGUGCGGCUAAGCAGAAGUAGUUUAAGUGAAAAUUGUUCAUCACCAAAUGAUUGUUAUGAUGAUUUUCGUCCUGCAUUUGGGGAGACUAAUUCAGAUCAUGGGGAAGGCUCUAUGCGCCCAAGUUUUCAUCAAGAGUCUAACCCUUCCAAUCAAGCUGGAAUGGACGAAGCUUUUAGCAAAGAGUAUUCAGAAAAGUCAAAACGAAUUAUGAGUAACAUGGGGUAUAAACCUGGCAAGGGCUUAGGUAAAUUCGAACAUGGGCGCGUCGACCCUGUAGAGGCUUCAACACAGAAAGGCCGAAGAGGUUUGGGAUCGAAACCCUCUGUUCUUGGAGCAAUUCCCAAAGAUUUAAAAUGGUCACCUGACGAAGCUGGGCCUGAAGCAAAAGAAGAACCCGUUUGGUUGUCAUCUGUUAUAGAUGAAACAUUGUCUGGAGAUUUGUUAGAUGAAUGGCUCCAAAGAGGACCAAAGAAAUUGACUAUAAGUGAUGAAACUUCGUUUGUAGAUCCAAAUAUAUUAAAAGGAGUGUUGGAUUCUAAGACUAUCUUCGAUACCUUGGAUGACGAAGACCUACGGCAUGCUCGUUUCCGUAGCAAUCCAUAUGAAACAAUUGGUUCUGUAAUAUUCCUUAACAGAGCUGCAGUGAAAAUGGCCAAUAUCGAUUCUGUAUUUGAUUUCAUGUUUACCAAUCCUAAAACCCAAGAUGGGAAGCCUGCAGUAAACGACAAAGAGAUAUUGUAUUUUGCUGACGUUUGCGCCGGUCCUGGAGGUUUCUCUGAAUAUGUUUUAUAUAAAAAAGGCUGGCGAGCUAAAGGUUUCGGAUUUACUUUGAUAGGUCAAUGUGAUUUUAAGCUACAUGACUUUUAUGCUGGGCCACCGGAAACUUUUGACGCGUACUACGGUAAGAAAGGCGAUGGCAAUAUAUUUGAUCCAGAAAAUCUAACAUCUCUUAAGGAUUAUGUCAUAAAGCAGACAAAUGAUAAAGGAGUUCAUUUCCUCAUGGCGGAUGGUGGUUUUUCUGUUGAAGGCCAAGAAAAUAUCCAGGAGAUACUUUCAAAGCAAUUGUAUCUGUGCCAAUGUUUAGCUGCACUAAUGCUUGUUAGAACUGGCGGCCAUUUUGUUGUGAAAUUGUUUGAUGUAUUCACUCUAUUCAGCGUGGGUUUGAUUUACAUUAUGUACAAAUGUUUUGAUCAUGUAUGUAUUCAUAAACCCGUAACAUCGAGGCCUGCUAACUCCGAGCGAUAUUUGAUAUGCAAGUGGAAGAAACUGGGCACUGAAUCCGCCGAGCAGCAUCUGUACAACGUGAACUGUAUCCUGAACGACGCACGCGACGGCGACAAUGACGUCACAGAACUAGUUCCCAUGAAUGUUAUUCAGGAGGAUAGAAAUUUCUUCGAUUAUAUAUUCACGAGCAACUGUGUAUUAGGAGAAAGACAAAUAAAAAAUUUGUUGAAAAUUGCUGCUUUUAGCAAAGAUAAGAGUCUAAAGGAAGCCAGCCAAGCAAGCAUGAGGGAGCAAUGUUUGAAGCUGUGGCAUUUGCCUGACCAAGUCAGGAAACAACCUGAUCGUCUAGUCCCCGACGACACCCUACAGAACAUGUUGUCUUCACUGAAAAAGAAAACUCCUUCUAGUAGCACUCAUGGUUUCAAAUCGAACACUCUAAACAAACAUCCCACGUAUAUAGAGAAACCGCCGGAUCUAAAUGCCUUUAAGCAUGUUUGUGAUUGGCAUUUUAUGUUCUUGAGCAGUGGUAAAAAUAGCCCAGAUCUAAAAAUAUUUAUAGGCUGUGGAGGAAAACAAGUGUUUCAAUUAGAAGGUAGCAUAUGGAAAAUAGCUGCAGACUUGAAGUUAACGUUACCAGCAAAAACUUUAAUAUACGCAGAAGUCAUAAAGGAGUUCAAAGGUGAAGGCAUUUCACAAAGAUUUUGUAAAGCUUUGCAUAUCAUAGAUGCCAUGAUGCUGGGUGGUGUUGAUAUUUCAUAUUUACCUUUAACUGAGCGGAUAGCUCAGUGCGAUUUGUUUUGCACUGCUCUUAAUAAACCAUUUGACAUUCAGGCCUUACCAAUCAGAUGCAAGAGAUUGUUCAAUAUGGAAAACUUUUCAUCAGCCAUGAAUCAUUUGGAAUGUCGAGCUAUGAAACGAAUAAAACGAGCCGUCACCAUUGAUACGCCUAAUAGAAUUAACAGAAAUGGCAUGUACUAUAUGAUCGGUUCAUUAUUGUUUUUAAAAGAAAUUAAAGAACCCUGGGUAUCACAUAUAUCCAAAAAGACAAAACACAAGUUUUACCACAACACGAGAGAUAACAGAAGUGAAUAUUACAUACCUGACGAUGCACUCGUGGAUAUGGUGAGUGCGUAUACGUCGAGAGUUCAAUGGCCUUGGGAGGACGCCGGCGCAGCAAUACUAGAGAAUAAAGUCCACACUGGCGUAUCUAGGGCAGCUAUGGAAGAAUUUAUUUCCCACAAUGUUAACAGAUAAAUUAUGAAUAACAAAAAUGCCUACUAGUUAUCUAAUUGAAUUUGAGUGUAGUAUUUCAGUAUUGACCUUUGUGUGUGGGGUCUUAUUUUGUUCUCUCUCUCUCCCUCUCUGUGCAU